AUGCCCGCCGCUAAAAUUGAUGAAGCAGUCGACCUCAAGCACUCGGAGAAGGCCGAAACGUUUGUUGGCCGUGUGACUUCGUCUAUCCCGAUCGUUCAGGAGAGUGUUUCGAACGUGCAAGCUUACGCCAACUCGACCUCGUUGGGCCGCAUGGCUUUGAACGCCAAACCACCCAAAUACGUCCAGACCUACUACGAGAGCUACGUCCAGCCCCACCUUGACCGCGCCGACGCUCUUGGCUGCCGAUCGCUAGACCUUUUGCAGGAGAAAUUCCCUGCUCCCAAGCAGCAAGCCAACGAGGGUCUUGCCCGUGUUGUCGACAAUAUGGAGACCAUCCUUGAGCGUUAUCUUCCUGCUGCGUCUGCCGAGGAGACCGAACACAGUAAAUCCAACGGCAACGGCACUACCGUCAACGAAAAGAGCAUCGACAGCAAGAGCGACAACCAGGGUGCACGUGUCUAUCGCUUGCUCAACACUGCCGCCACUCGCCUCACCAAAAACGUUCAGUCGCGCACGGUCAGCGCGGCUGCGACCAACGUUGUCGCUCUUCAAAGCAUGUUGAGCGUGUACGCCGAGGCUGCCAAACAGCGCUUCGUCAUGCCCGAAAAGACCACCGAGCAAAUCUGGCAGUUGACCAACCAGGUCACCACCCAGGUGUACUCUGUCAUGGAUUACUUCAAGCAGCAACCUCAAUCCGAAUGGCUCAAGGCCCGUGUUGCUUCGCUCGUCGAUAUCGCUGCCAAGCAAAUCGAGCUCGUGCGAUCGCAGUAUAGCCGUACCGAUAUUUCUGCUUACGAAAAAGCCCGUGGAGUCGCUCAAGGCUUGCAAGAUCAAGUGUUGCCCGUCUUGCAGACCAUCCAGUCUCAGAUCCAAUACUAUGCCGAGAAGACAGAGGUCAAGCGCUCCUUUGAGUACUUUGGUCUGAUGAAGUUGCCUACUGCUUCGGCUCAGUAAGAAAAGAGAAAAGAUAAUCGCACUAUCCUUUUUUCUUCUUCUUUCUUUCACCCGCUAUUCUACCUCUAUUACUGCUGCUGCUGCUGCUGCUAUCAUUACUACUACCUACUACUACUACUACUACUUGAUUCACACACACGCACACAUUCAACAACAGUGCCACAAUAACAGAAUCCAUCAAGCUCACAUCCCCCCACCUCCCUUAUCUUACUUAUAUGUAUUAUUUCUCUUCCUCACAGAUAUCACCGAACAAUGUACUACUUUGCUAUUAUUCAAUCCUUCAUAAAAUAUCCUUUAUCGGCCUUUUCCAUUUAAAAGA